CCGGUUUACGAUGAAGAAGCUCAUGGUCCGCCUCUGUCACGUGAUUAGCCCUGCGUCAAUCAGACCAGAGAGGUGCGGGUCUCCAUGGUAACCAGGGUUCGUUUGGGGAAGAGCAGCUGAUCAUAAAAACCUUUGUUUCCGAGGAUCGAAGAUGGCGGGGACAUCGAGACACGACCGAGAGAUGAUGAUGAAGGUCAAACGUGAGCUCACCGAGUGUUCGGAGCCGGUGGAGAGACUCCGGCUUCAGUGUCUCGCUCGAGGGUCGUCAGGGAUCAAAGGACUGGGAAGAACCUUUAAAAUAAUGGACGAUGACCAAAACCGCUCUCUGGACUUCAAAGAGUUCCUGAAGGGUUUGAACGACUACGGGAUCCUGAUGGAGAGAGAAGAGGCGGCGGCUCUGUUCCAACACUUUGACCGUGACGGGAGCGGGUCCAUCAACUUCGACGAGUUCCUCAUCACUCUCAGGCCCCCCAUGUCCAAGGCCAGGAAGGAGGUGGUCAUGCAAGCGUUUCGGAAACUGGACAAGACGGCUGACGGUGUGAUCACGGUCGAGGACCUGCGGGGGGUCUACAACGCCAAGUACCACCCCAAGUACCAGAACGGAGAGUGGACGGAGGAUCAAGUCUUCAGGACGUUCCUGGACAGCUUUGACACUCCGUACGACAAAGAUGGAAAAGUGACGCUGGAGGAGUUCUUCAGUUAUUACUCUGGUGUGAGUGCGUCCAUCGAUACAGACGUCUACUUUAUUGUGAUGAUGAGAAAUGCCUGGAAACUCUGAGUUAGCGUCGCUCUGGUGACGAAGGACGAGUUCCUCAACUACUACUGCGGCGUCAGCGCCUCCAUCGACAGCGACGUCUACUUCAUCCUCAUGAUGACAAACGCCUGGAAGCUGUGAAUCCAACCAGCGAUAAAUCAUAACUGAUCAAUAAUCCAUCAUUCAAUCUGGAUGCAUCGGCAAACAAUAACCAUUAUGAUUGUUGAAUUAAUAUAAAUAAUUAUUUAUUAUUGCGGGUUUAUCAAGCGAUUUUGAUACAUUUUGUAAAGUAGAAUAUUAAUUUUGUCAUGAUUUAAUGUCCAGAAGGUAAUGAUGAUCACUAUUUUGUAGUUUAUUGUAUAUUGAUCUGCACCUUGAUAAACUUUGUUUCAAUGAAGAAUUAAAC